CGGGAAGCUGCGUCCACCUGGGUGUGCUCGUCCCUCGGCGAUGGGGCGGCUCCGCGUCGGAGGAGCAGGGCUCACCUUAGCCCUAAUGUCCUGUCUGCUGGACUUCGCCGCGGCCGCCGAAAUACCACUUUCAGUUCAACAGGUUCCGACCAUCACCAAACAGUCCAAAGAACAAGUUGCCUACCCCUUUGACGAAUACUUCCAGAUCGAAUGUGAGGCUAAAGGCAACCCGGAGCCCAGAUUCACGUGGACUAAGGACGACAAGCCCUUUGACCUCUCCGACCCGCGGGUCGUUGUGUCCAACAACUCAGGGACCUUCCGGAUCUCGAACGAGGGGCAGAUAGCUCAUUUCCAAGGGAAAUACCGCUGCUUCGCUGCGAACACGCUGGGUGUCGCGAUGUCGGAAGAAAUCGAGUUCAUAGUCCCCAAUGUUCCAAAAUUCCCCAAAGAGAAAAUCGAGCCUCUCGAAGUGGAGGAGGGGGACAACAUUGUCCUGCACUGCAACCCCCCCUCGGGGCUCCCCCCCCUGCACGUCUACUGGAUGAACAUCAAGCUGGAGCACAUCCGGCAGGACGCACGCGUGUACAUGAGCCAGCAGGGCGACCUGUACUUCGCCCACGUGGAGGAGAGGGACAGCCGCAACGAUUAUUGCUGCUUUGCCGCCUUCCCGCGGCUGCGGACCAUCGUGCAGAAGAUGCCCAUGAAGCUGACGGUGAACAGCUUGACGCAUGCGAACGCCUCCCGUCCACCCACAGAGUCGGGCUCCGGGGCAAAUUCGAUCAAGCAGAGAAAACCCAGGUUGCUGCUGCCUCCUGCUAGUCUGGGCCCUGAGUCCUCAGCCACGGUCCUCCGGGGGGCCACCCUGCUGCUGGAGUGCUUCGCGGAAGGCCUACCAACUCCACAGGUUGACUGGGAAAAAAUAGGGGGCGAUUUACCAAAAGGAAGAGAAACAAAAGAAAGUUACGGCAAGAUUUUGAAGAUAGAGAACGUCUCCUUCCAGGACAAAGGAAACUAUCGGUGCACGGCCAGCAAUUCCCUGGGGUCGGCCACGCACGACUUCCACGUCACAGUAGAAGAGCCCCCUCACUGGACGAAGAAGCCCCAGAGUGGCGUGUACAGCACGGGGACCAGUGGCAUCUUGCUGUGCGAGGCAGAGGGAGAGCCCAAGCCCACCAUCAAGUGGCGAGUCAACGGCUCCCCGAUGGACGAGAAUCCCUUUGCCGGCGACGUCGUGUCCCCCGGGGAGGUCAGCUUCACGGACCUGCGGCCCAACCACACGGCCGUGUACCAGUGCGAGGCCUCCAACCUGCACGGGACCAUCCUGGCCAACGCCAACAUCGACGUGGUGGAUAUCCGCCCGCUGAUACAGACGGCCGACGGGCAGGGCUACGGCGCCGUGGUCGGGUCCAGCGCGUUCUUACACUGCGAGUUCUUCGCGUCGCCCGAGGCGACGGUGUCCUGGCAGAAGGCGGACGAGGCCAAGCCUCUGGAAGGCCCGCGGUACCGCGUGCACAGGAACGGCACCCUGCAGGUCAGCGGGGCCACCGAGGACGACGCCGGCGCCUACUCCUGCUGGGUGGAGAACGCCGAGGGGAAGACAGCGGUCACCGCCAGCUUGGACGUCCGAAAUGCCACGAAAGUCCACAUUUCCCCCAGGAACCCGCGUGUCCCCAAGUCGCACCCGCUCGAGCUGCACUGUGUGAGCACGUGUGACGCGCACUUGCAGGGGAGCCUGAGGCUGUCCUGGAGCAGAGGGGGGGUCGCCUUGGAGGUCAACGGCACGGAGGACGGCAGGGUGACUGUUGACGGGGCUCGCCUGACCAUCUCCAACGUCACGCUGCAGGACCAAGGCGUCUACUCCUGCUCCGCCCACACGGCGCUGGACAGUGCUGUGGACAGGACUCACCUCACGGUCCUGGAUGUUCCGGACCCGCCGGAAAACCUGCGCUUGUCGGAUCGACAGGACAGGAGCGUCCGGCUGACGUGGGAGGCUGGGGACAAGCACAACAGCAACAUCAGCGAGUACGUGGUGGAAUUUGAGGGGAACAGGGAGGAGCCUGGCCGGUGGGAGGAGCUGACCACGGUCCCCGGGGCGGAGACCACGGCCCUGCUGCCUUUGGCUCCCUACGUGAGGUACCAGUUCAGGGUCAUCGCGGUGAACGAGGUGGGCAGCAGCGCCCCCAGCAGGCCGUCCGACCAUCACGAAACUCCGCCCGCAGCUCCAGACAAGAAUCCACAGAACAUAAGGGUUCAAGCGUCUCAGCCCAAAGAAAUGAUUAUCAAGUGGGAGCCUCUGAAGUCCCUGGAGCAGAACGGCCCCGGGCUGGAGUACCGCGUGUCCUGGAAGCCCCAGGGGGCCCAGGGCGAGUGGGCGGAGGAGACAGUCCGCGAGCACAGCCUGCGCGUGAUGACGCCCGACGUCUACGCCCCCUACGAGGUCCAGGUCCGAGCCGUCAACCAGCUGGGCGCCGGCCCCGAGCCGCAGUCCGUGGUGCUCUACUCUGGAGAGGACUACCCCGAUGUAGCCCCAGUGGUCCACGGCGUGGACGUCGUGAACAGCACGUUGGUGAAGGUGACCUGGUCCUCCGUGCCCAAGGACAGAGUCCACGGACGUCUGAAAGGAUACCAGAUAAAUUGGUGGAAGACAAAGAGCCUGUUGGACGGAAGAGCGCACCCCAAGGAGGUGCACGUCCUGAGGUUUCUGGGGCAGAGGACCCAGGGCAUGCUGCCCGCACUGGAGGCCUUCACCCAGUUCCGCCUCACGGUCCUGGCCUACAACUCCAAGGGCGCCGGUCCCGAGAGCGAGCCCUACACCUUCCAGACGCCGGAGGGAGUGCCUGAGCAGCCAGCGUUCCUCAAGGUCGUCAGCGUGGACAAGGACACAGCCACUCUGUCCUGGGGUCUGCCUGAGAAGCUGAACGGAAACCUCACCGGCUACCUGCUGCAGUACCAGAUAAUAAACAACACCUCUGAGCUGGGGGAGCUCAUCGACGUCAACAUCACCACCCCGGCCAAGCACAGUUGGCGCCUGUCGAGCCUCAACGCCACCACCAAGUACAAGUUCUACGUGAGGGCGUGCACGUCCAAGGGCUGCGGAAACCCCAUCACGGAGGAGAUGGCCACCUUAGGAGGCGGCAGUCGAGGUCCCGGGACGGCCUCGGAAGGAGUGAAUGUUACUGACCAGGUGCACCCACUAGAGGGACUUGAGCCCGGCGCUGAGCAUGUAGUCCGCCCCCUGACUAAGAACUGGGUCGGGAACAGCAGCAUUUUUGAAGAUGUGAUUGAGGAGAGAGGGAGAGAGUACGCCGGCCUGUACGACAGCAUCACCACGCAAGGCUGGUUCAUCGGGCUGAUGGGCGCCGUGGCCGCGCUCACGCUCGUCCUGCUGACCGUCUGCUUCGUGAAGAGGAACCGCGGCGGGAAGUACUCAGUGAAGGACAAGGAGGACCUGCACCCGGACCCAGAAGUUCAGUCGGGGAAAGACGAGACCUUCGGAGACUACAGCGACAGCGACGAGAAGCCUCUGAAAGGCAGCCCUCGGUCCCUGACCCGGGCCAUGCCGGCCACGGAGAGCGCCGACAGCUUGGUCCAGUACGGGGACGGGGACCACGGCCUGUUCAGCGAGGACGGGUCCUUCAUCGGCGCCUACGCGGGCUCCAAGGAGAAGGGGUCCGUGGACAGCAACGGCAGCUCGGCGGCCACGUUCCCACUGCGGGCGUGACACGCCACGUGGCCGUGUCCCUGGCUGCCACCGACCUCCGUGUCUCAGCUCAAGGGCGCCAGACCGAGCACCUGGGGACAGAGCACACUGCCAGAGACCCCAGCGACGCCGCCCCUGCCCUCCUGCCGAGAAAAACCCUCAGCCGUGGAAACAGAGUGUCCAGCGCUGCCGCCUGUUUGCCUCCUUACAGGUGCUGACUCCUCAGACAUGCAACAAUCCCGUG